AUGAAAGCUGCAGAGGGGAUCAGAGAAGUGGCUGAUCAGGCAAAAAUUGAUGUUGUCAUGAGAGAGCUAGAGGAAGUAGAACACAAGAAGAAGGAAGAAUUGGAGAAGAAAGCAGCAGCUGCAGAAGCAAGGAAAGUAGCUGCAGAAGAAAAGAAGCUUGCUGCAAAAGAAGCAAAGAAGAAGGCAGCUGAAACUAGAAGGGUAGCAGCUGAAGAGAAGAAAAAGCUUGCUAGAAUGAAGAAGGAAGUUGCUUCUCAGAAGAGAAAAGAAGUUGCAAAGAAGAAAAAGGAAGCUGCAGAAAGAAAAGAAGCUGCUCAGGUUGCUGCUUUUGCAAGAAGAUCAGCUGCAGCUGGACCAUUUGCUCCUCCAGCAAUCAAAGAAAAGCUCAAUCUUGCAUGA